UAGAUUGGAGUGCUACUCGGUGUUGUCACAUAUUGGAUCACAGACUUUAAUGUUAAUCUCUGGACUGUUAUUUGACUCCCGGGCUCUUUUCUCCCUGUAUGCUGUUGUACAUUUUUGACGCGCAGCCACAGGUUGGCGAUUUAAUCCUGUCACCAUGGAUUAUUCCUCCCCACCUCGUGCCGAUCUUCCCCGACUGGAUGGAAACGGGCACCGUCGAUUUACCAGAGAUGAUUGAGGAGGAAACAAACUGUUCAUUUUAAGUAAGUGGAGACGGAGGCAACAUCUGUGGGGAAGCGACGCACAAUUUCGCGGGGCGAGGACCUGUGGAGGAUCUGAAAGAAGACGAAGAGAAAAGAUGCUGGGAUGGCUGUGACAACAUGAAAAAGAAAAAGUGUGUUUGUCGGUUUUCAGUCAGCUAGUAAUUGAACACAACUAACCUGGGGGACGGACUGAGAGAAAAAGGUCGGAGACAGGUGUGUGGCCAUAGCUCUGACCAUGGAGCCUCCCCCCUCUCUCAGUUUGGCUUUGCUAGGAGGAAGCGAGGAUGAAGACCAGCGCUUCCUUCUUCCCCUAGGCAGCAUAUCUCAUCCCUCCACUGCUGGCAACCAACCAGGAUCAAACCACUCCAACCACAUGGGAGGUUCAAGCCUCGACCGCCUAAAUGGCAGCACCCCAUCCCCAUCACCUGCCACACCCAGCUUGCCUCCAGCAUCACUCCCUAAGCUGCCCCUGUCCUCCUCUGGAGCCCAACCUCUGCCUCCACCCAUUCCCAAUGCUCUUCACCCCACCAGCACCCCACUCUCUUCUUGCCUUGGUUCACAGCACAGCCUGAGCGGAGACAACUCCCCAGUCUACAACGCCCUCUUUUACUCCUCCCACUCACCCUCCAUGGAGCGGGAGAGGGACAGAGAGCGGGACAGAGAGAGAGACAGGGGCAGCAAACACAGACAGGCCAGCCCUCUAGUUCACCGAAGAGACAGUAACCCCUUUACAGAGAUCGCCAUGAGCUCCUGUAAGUACACAGGUGGAGUCAUGAAGCCUCUGAGCCGCCUCAGCGCCUCACGCAGGAACCUCAUUGAAUCAGAAAGCAGCAGCGAAACCAAAGAGGGCGGUGUUUCAGCGGUUGCAGGGUUAACAGCUGCUGGUGGACACGACAGACAGCGAGACGCCCCACCUACCUGCUCGGUGACCCAGUCCUCCACUAAUCAACCUUCGAUUCAGAGUCCCCCAGAGAUUGUGAUUUCAUCCAAAGAAGACUCACCAUAUCCCAGAGGAGGAUAUGACAUCACCGACUCCACAUCCAACCAAAUGUCCAUCUACCAUCAGAACCAUGCACUAGUGGAGAGCAGGCGGGCGCAGCCUGGACGGGGCAGUAGGCAGGGUGGGGUUGGGGCAGUGGGCACCACAGCCAGGGGCAGCACCUCGAAGGCUCCCAAACGAAAAAACCAAAACAUUGGCUAUAAACUGGGGCAUCGCAGGGCACUGUUCGAGAAGAGGAAAAGGCUGAGUGACUAUGCCCUCAUCUUUGGAAUGUUUGGCAUCGUCGUCAUGGUGAUUGAGACAGAGCUAUCAUGGGGCGUGUACACUAAGAGCUCCAUGUAUUCCCUGGCCCUGAAGUGUCUAAUCAGCCUGUCCACAGUCAUCCUGCUGGGGCUCAUCAUUGCGUACCAUGCACGCGAGGUUCAGCUGUUUGUCAUCGACAAUGGGGCAGACGACUGGCGUAUUGCCAUGACGAUGGAGAGGGUUCUUUUGAUCGCUCUGGAGCUACUGGUGUCUGCGGUGCAUCCUGUGCCUGGGGACUUUAAAUUUCAGUGGCGGGCACGGCUGGCAUUCUCAUAUGCACCAUCACAGGCCGAGGCUGACCUGGACAUGGUGCUGAGCGUGCCCAUGUUCCUGCGCCUCUACCUCAUUGCCAGAGUCAUGCUUCUUCACAGCAAACUCUUCACUGAUGCCUCCUCUAGGAGUAUAGGUGCCCUAAAUAAGGUCCAUUUUAACACACGGUUUGUAAUGAAAACCCUCAUGACUAUCUGCCCCGGAACGGUGCUGCUGGUCUUCAGCAUCUCUCUGUGGAUCAUCGCUGCUUGGACCGUACGAGUGUGUGAGAGGUAUCACGAUACUCAGGAUGUGACCAGUAACUUCCUUGGAGCCAUGUGGCUUAUCUCCAUCACUUUCCUGUCCAUCGGCUAUGGAGACAUGGUUCCUCACACAUACUGUGGCAAAGGAGUCUGUCUGCUUACAGGCAUCAUGGGUGCGGGCUGUACGGCUCUGGUCGUUGCCGUGGUAGCCAGGAAGCUGGAGCUGACCAAGGCUGAGAAGCAUGUACAUAACUUCAUGAUGGACACACAACUUACCAAGAGGAUAAAGAAUGCAGCGGCUAACGUGCUGAGAGAGACCUGGCUCAUCUACAAGCACACCAAGCUGAUAAGGAAGAUCGACCACUCCAGAGUCCGCAAACACCAGCGGAAGUUCCUCCAGGCUAUACAUCAAUUACGCAGUGUGAAAAUGGAGCAAAGGAAGCUCAGUGAUCAGGCCAACACACUAGUGGACCUCUCAAAGAUGCAGAGUGUCAUGUAUGAGCUCAUGUCAGAGCUCAACGAUCGCAGCGAGGACUUGGAGCGACAGAUGCUGUCUCUGGAGCAGCGGGUGGAGCAGCUCACUGCAGGCUUCAACGCUCUGCCUGCACACCUCUCUGCCACCCUUAGCGCCCAGCAUGCUGCCCUGGUCCACCUGCUCCGAGAAAGGGAUGCAAGGGAUGGCAGAGGAGGUGCAGGUGGAGGAGGUGCUGUGGUCCCGCUGUCCCAAGCUGCGUCUUUAACCAACGUGCCAGGUUCAGCUUCUCCAGUCCAGGUCGCAGCUCCUCCUCCGCCCCUAACACAGGUCUCUACUUUGUCUUUAGAGUCCCCUCUGUCUCCCCCACCCCUGAGCCCAGAGGUAAGCCUGGAGGCUAGCCCCAACCCCAACCCCUGCACCUCUAGCUGCUGAGGACAGCUCUGAGAAGCAGCAGAAGACAAAUAUGGGAGCAAAACAGGGAGAGAGGAGGAGGAAGGUUAUUCCUCUCACAUCAGACUAAAGGAGAGAAAUAGGGGAAAUCUGUGGAAAUCUUUUGAAACUUUCACUCCAUGAGAACAGGAUGAAGAUGGCAAUGUCAGGAGAAGUAAUGGGAUAAAGAUGGACCACAGUCUUAAGGGAUGAGACAUGUUCAGGAUGUUGGAGGAGCUUUUUUUUUUUUUUUUUUUUUUUUUUUG